AAACCUCUGACAUUGUUCCAAAGCUGAAUAAUGGCUGUAUUUGCUUUUGACAAGAGUUGGAAUUUGAAAUGUUUUGGCAUUGACGGAAGGGAAACUGUUCUUUCCAUGCUAAGAAUACACUGUCAAGCAUAUGGUUGAUCUCGCAAUAUGUGAUGGUGGGUGUCAGUCAGCAGUUUUUGAUUGGCUGGCGGCUGCUCAGCUUGCAGGAAUGUAAUGACUGUGAUGUCAUAAAGGGGUGGAGAUGUGAGCAUUCUGUUCACGUGCUGGCCAUAAUUACAUUACAUUUAUUUAGCAGAGGAUGAUAACAGCAGAGAUUCUGAUAUGUCCUAUUUUAUAGCGCACAGAGCUAGCUGCAGCUAAUGUUGUACUAUGCAGGCACAGUGGUGAGGAGCUGAACUCAUAACCAGAAGGGUGCAUGUUCAACGCCCACAUUGGGGGCAUUUCUGUGUGCCUGCAGGCAAAGAUGGCUAACCUGGAUUUUCCAGAGGUCUCCAGUUACGUUAAUGAUGAAUAUGUCAAUAUGUAACCUGCAAACCUUACCCUGAGUAAAGCUAACCCAGUAUGUUAUGUGCUCUUUGCGUAAUUCUGACCCCCAGUUGUGUUGGUCAGUCACUGGAUUUUUAGGUGUAGUUUCAGGGCCUCCAUUUAAGGCAUCUAGUAGAGCCACGACCAGUGACCAUCUGCGUUUGAGGGUCAGAGAGCGUGAGCAGGAGAGAGGGGGAGUUUGGUGGGCUUGGAUGCUGAUUAUUUCCCCCCCCCUUUUAGAACGGAAAAAAUGUCCUUCUGUAAGUGAAUCAAAUGCUGACAAUGCUAGCAUUAGUGACAGCGAUGGCGUUUAGUAUAAUUGUGGUCAUGACUGCCCUUUUCAUUAUGUGGGGAUUGCUAUAUGGGGAUUGUUAUAUUUAGUAAUAUUAAGUAUUUUUAAUCUCUGAAUGGCGUCGGGGUGUGUGAGGAAUGGCGGUACGUGACAAAAGAGUGGCGGUAAUUUGGCGCUGUCGCCGCGGUGACGUCCGCCAUCUGAUGACACGAGCCAUGCUUUCAGAAAUCAUUGCCCUACCCCCCUGUGCCCGUUUUGGAAAAUCAGCAUCAGUUGGCGAGCGCCACUUCUGCACACACACUUGAGGCUGAUUAAGACCGGUCCCUAUUGGAUUACGAGUGUUCCGCUGUCUCCUGAUUGGACAUACUCGCUGCCUUCUGAUUGGAAGAGCUGGAGGAGCUGGUGACGGAGGAUGCUACGCACUCAUAUUUUAUUAUAAAUAAUAUAGUCAUAUUUUUAUUACUGUAACCUUGAACUAUGGGCCCCUAAGGAUGAGUCCUUGUGGUAUGAAGGAAGAAUAGAUUAAGAAUAAAAUGAAGAUGAAGGUCUUGACCUGUUUGAUCUCUACAGUGGAUAAUGCAUCUCCAUUAUGCAGUGUGGCUGAGUGAACCUUCUGACAUUGAGGAGACAAACAGCAGGGUGGCUGUGUAGAGCAAUGGGCAGGAAACUGGUCCUGAACUCAGAGGAUGCAGGUUUGAUUCCCUGUUGGGACACUGAUGUUGGGAAUAUCCUCCAGCUGUGUAAAUUGGGCAGUGUGUUGCUCUGUAAAGUGUGUUUCUCUGGAUAAAGUGUGUCUCCUGAGUGCUGAAUGCAGUGUUACCAAGCUACAGAUCUGAGCAUCACAUUUCCAUAUUUGUAAUACCUGUCAUAUGUCACAUUUGCAAUAUCUGUGACGUGAUUCUUCAAUAGCUCAAGUUUCGGUCACAAGGACAUCAUGUCCGACAUCGCGGCUCAAGGCCUCACUGAGCAUGCUCACAGCGUCGAGUGCUGCGUGCUGCCCAGUUGUGAGUCUGUUUCAGCCUGCCUACGUUCAGACAGAGAGGGACAGACAGACAACCAACCACACCGACACACAAACAGGCACACACACACGCACACACCCAGAUACGCGCACACACGCACAGACACACAGGAACACACACGCACACACCCAGAUACGCGCACACAUGCACAGACACACAGGAACACACACGCACACACACACACACACAGCCACAUACACACAGAUACGCACACACAUGCACAGACACACAGGAACGCACACACACCCACACGCACAGACUCACAGACACACACACACACACACUCUCACACAUCUCGCUCUAGCAUGUCUGUCUGUGCAACGUGCACGCCCCGUUUCCAUGGCAACGUAUGCGCGCAUGCGGCAGCCCGUCCGCUGACUGGAGGAGGCAGAGCGGCGGACGAUGCGAGCCCAUUGGCUGGCUGACGGGGGAAAAAGGGGAGGGGUUUACGCCGUGAUCCACAGGAGCCAUGUGGAGAGGUCGGAGGAGAGACAGAACCGUGCCAAUCGUACCUGGGGCCAAUAAGCAUUUAAAAUACACUCCAAUAAAUUCUCCUACAGCUUACUCUUAGAGAAACAGCUGUUUUUGUUUUAAUUUGGUUGGUUACUUGUUUUCUUAAAUUCUCAGGCAUCUUUUCAAAUGAUGCCAGUAUGUACAGACUCAAAGUAUGUCAGAGGCACAUUCAGCUCCUGGUUUGUCUCUGAUCAGUGAAAACGCUCCGCUUCUGACUUUGUCCUGGACAAAGCUGUGCAAAGCAGUAUAAAGCUGGGUGGAUACGCACAUACAGACUCCAUCUUUAAUAUGGUGGAGAACAAUAACAGCAUGAGUGGACUGUUCAGAUGUUUUAUGACGACUCCCUCUGUGAUUUUUAAUUGUGCUGUGCUUCUAUACACACGUACACGCACACACAAGGUGUGCCUGUUCUCUCUGCUGAACCAAUUAACUGCCAGGACCCCACACCCCCAACAUCCCACACCCCACCCCUCACACCCCUCCCCUCUCCACCAAUCAGCUGUCAGCAUCCCUGCCUAGAUGAGAGAAUAGCGGAGGGGCGUAGCCUGUGUGAAGUGCGUGGCCGUUUGUGUGCCCUGACUGAGUCCUUUAUUGAUGAGAGAGAGGACAGCGCGUGAAGCCGUUUCCCAGCGGCGCCGCAUCGCUCCACAUCUAUAAUUAAAGAGCCGGUGGAGGCGGGACGCCGUCUCUGCGUGCGCUCGCGCGCCUGACUCGCUCUCUCCCGCGUGUUCGCUCUCCCGCUGCUCCGACCGCCGAUUUUUAUUUCCGCGAUGGUUCGGACGAGUAAACCGUUAUCAGGUGCAGAACCGCACAACUCCCGGCUGCUGCAGGACUUUGGCGCUUUACCGUAAAUCGCUGGAUUUGACGCUCUUUUGCUUCUGGAUGUAUUUUUUCGGGGGCUGGUUAAUUUCCGCGACUGCUGGAAUUGUACAGUAACGCAGCCUGCAGCUGAGGCGUAUUUGGGUUUUUCUCUUUUUUUUGGACAGUUCUGACUUCCUUUUUCAAAAUGCCUGAGGCUAAUUAUUUGCUGUCAGUGUCUUGGGGAUACAUUAAGUUCAAGCGAAUGUUGAACCGGGAGCUGACCCACCUUUCGGAGAUGAGCCGUUCUGGGAACCAAGUCUCAGAGUUCAUCUCCAGCACCUUCCUGGAUAAGCAGCACGAGGUGGAGAUGCCAUCCCCUCAGACGCAGAAGGACAAAGAGAAGAAGAAGCGGCCGAUGUCGCAGAUCAGCGGGGUGAAGAAGCUGACCCACAGCUCCAGCCUGACCAACUCCAACAUCCCCCGCUUCGGGGUCAAGACCGAGACCGAGGACGCGCUGGCCAAGGAGAUAGAAGACAUAAACAAAUGGGGCCUUAAUGUUUUCAAAGUCUCUGAGUUUUCGGGGAACAGACCAUUAACAGUUAUUAUGUACACGAUAUUCCAGGAAAGAGACCUCUUAAAAACAUUCAGAAUUCCACUAGACACCUUCAUAACUUACCUGAUGACCUUAGAAGAUCAUUACCAUGGUGAUGUUGCGUAUCAUAACAACAUCCACGCUGCAGAUGUCACACAGUCUACUCACGUGCUACUGUCCACCCCUGGACUAGAGGCUGUGUUUACGGACCUGGAGAUUCUUGCCGCCAUUUUUGCCAGCGCCAUCCACGACGUCGACCACCCCGGCGUCUCCAACCAGUUCCUCAUCAGCACCAACUCUGAGCUGGCUCUCAUGUACAAUGACGCGUCGGUGUUGGAAAAUCACCACCUGGCCGUGGGCUUCAAGCUCCUGCAGGAGGAGAACUGCGACAUCUUCCAGAACCUCAGCAAGAAACAGAGACAGUCCCUGCGCAAGAUGGUCAUCGACAUUGUUCUUGCCACUGACAUGUCCAAACACAUGAACCUGCUGGCUGACCUGAAGACCAUGGUGGAGACCAAGAAGGUGACCAGCUCAGGAGUCCUGCUGCUGGACAACUAUUCAGACCGGAUACAGGUCCUGCAGAACAUGGUGCACUGCGCGGACCUGAGCAACCCCACCAAGCCUCUGCAGCUGUACCGGCAGUGGACCGACCGCAUCAUGGAGGAGUUCUUCAGCCAGGGCGACCGCGAGCGCGACCGCGGCAUGGAGAUCAGCCCCAUGUGCGACAGGCACAACGCCUCGGUCGAGAAGUCCCAGGUGGGGUUCAUAGACUACAUCGUGCACCCGCUGUGGGAGACGUGGGGGGACCUGGUGCACCCGGACGCCCAGGACAUGCUGGACACGCUGGAGGAGAACCGGGAGUGGUACCAGAGCACCAUCCCGCAGAGCCCCUCCCCCACGCUGGACCCGGCUGACCGGACCCGCCCCGGCGGCGCCGCCGACAAGUUCCAGUUCGAGCUGACGCUGGAGGAGGACGGCGAGUCCGACACGGAGAAGGACAGCGGCAGCCAUGCCGAGGGAGAGGAGGAGGAGGAAGAGGAUGAUGAAGAUGAGGAAGAUGAGGAAGAAGAGGAAGAAGAUGACAACAGCUGCAGCGACUCGAAAACGAUUUGCACUCAGAACUCCACUGAGAUCCCGCUCGACGAGCAGGGCGAGGAGGAGGAGGAGGAGGGGCAGCCCUGUGACGAGGAAGAGCGGGCGGUCUCCUCCGAGCCGUGUGUGGUGGAGGAGGAGGAGAAGGUGGAGGAAGAGGAGUAUGACAAGCCUGCAGGCACGUAACAGCUGGCCCACGGCCAGGUCCUGAAUGUGUACUGGGAAUCGCAAAAAGAACAGAACAGACGACAGACUCGUGAACUUUAUUCCCUUUGGUUGGCUUUCAUUAUAUUUGCGUUUUUAAUUCUUAUUUAAGACAGUUGUUUGAAGAACAGUCCCAAAGCGCAUGUUGCACUCCACCACCCUCAACUGCACCUCGCUGCAACACAGCUGGCCCAUGCCGACUGACCACACCCACCUGACCACGCCCAACUGGCUCCCCUGCGAUUUUGCACUCAGGAAUAUUUCUGAUACUUAUUUUUUCAAGUCUUUCCUUCUUCAUUAUUUCUCAUACUGUUGUUUUCUAUUUUUCUCCUCAAAACUACUAUUGGUCAGUGGAUUGGUGGUUGGGCAGUAGGCCGAUGGUUGGGCAGUAGGAUGGUGGUUAGCUGGUGGAUCGGUGGUUGGGCAGUAGGCCGGUGGAUCGGUGGUUGGUCAGUAGGCCAGUGGUUAGGUGGUGGAUCGGUGGAUGGGCAGUAGGCCAGUGGUUAGGUGGGUGGCCAGUGGUUGGUCAGUUCUCUGUGGCUCAUGGUGUAAAAAUAAUCCAGUCUCUUUGUUUUGGCCACUUUUUAUUCCUUGCAAACACACCUGGAAAUUUUCAGGAAACUGAUUCCAGGAGAGAGAGGGAGAAUUGAUGCUGUUUCAAUGCUGAUAUGAAUAGGAUCUGUCAUGUGAUUGGUCCAUGCCCAAAUGUUCUCACUGACAGAGAGAGAGAGCAGGAAGGAUUUUUUUUUUUACACUUUUUUGAAGUUCAAGUCUUCCACAAAACCUGACUGAGAGAAAAAUUAGACAGCCACUGCGCUGUUUUGACCUCUUCAGUUUUUUAAAAAUUUUAUUUGUAUAUAAAAAUCGCACACUUUUCUAGGUUUUCCUUUUAUGUUAUUACGGAUGUACAUUUAUGGAGAUAUAUUUAAGAAACAUCCUCUGACGUCGCUCCUUCGUGGUAAAAGAAGUAACUUGCAAGUUUUAUGUGUGGCAUGAGCGCGUGCUGGAUCACACCUCCGUCUGUUCUUUCCGUCACUGUUUUCCUCAUUUAAAGACAUUUUAUUUAUUAUUUAAACACACAUACAUCAAGGCAAAAUGAUGACUCAAUACUUUUGGCCUUUGCCGUUGCAUAAUUAUUAUCAUUGCCAACUCCACACACAUGCACACAUAUGCUUGUUUUUUUUGUUUUUUGCUUAACCUGCCAAACAUAUUAGAGGUUCCUAACUGCAUUAUGCUUCAAAUAUAAAGUAGAUGGCAGUGAUGCAUACUCUGCAGCAUCAUUGUCAUCAUCAUUGUCGUCAUGGCCAUCAUUAACAUUACAGCGUUUGUUUUGAGAGGAAAAA